AGACAGGAUCAUCCUGUGUACGCACCGAGAGGCCCGGCUUCCCCCUCCUGCGCUGGGCAACCGCUCGGUCUCCCAGCCGCACGGACGCCUGAGACGGUUGCUAGGGGGAUUAAACCAUCUCGGCCCGACGUGGGGAAAGUCUCGGCUGCCCUUUUCCUCCAAAGCAAGCUUUUCUAAAGUGCCUGGAAGGAGAAGUUGGUUGCGUCCAAGGAAAGCUAAUGAGAGGGACUCUCGGCGAGCGGAGCGGGAAGAAGUUGCUGGCUGCAAGGUUAUUUCUGCACCAAGGUUUGUUCCAGGCCCCGCAAUAACCCAAAGUGAUUACCAGGCACCAAAUCCCAAUCUCAGAAAUGACUGGUUGAUGAGUCUCAGAGAAGGAGUCCUUUCUGUGGUUAUUCUUGAACCUAUAGAUGGAUUAUGGAUACCAACAAGGACCAGGAUGGUUGUGGACAGGAUGACAACAGUGUGAGGCCUAAUUCUUUGGGAUACUAUUUUAGUCAGGGGUUAAAACAGCUUUAUGAGACCCAGCAGCUUUGUGAUGCCACUCUGGUAGCGGAAGGGAGGAAAUUUCCCUGCCACCGGGCUUUGUUGGCCUCUUUCAGUCCUUACUUCCGCGCCAUGUUCACCAGACCCUUUAGAGAAUCCUGGGAAAGGCAAGUUGUGCUCAAAGAGAUGGCAUCUUCCAUCCUUCAGAGAAUUAUAGAUUAUCUCUACACUGGGCAGCUGCUGCUUACAUUAGAAACAGCUCAAGAUCUCUUUACAGCAGCUAGCAGGCUUGUGAUCCUUCCGCUGCAGGAAAUCAUUGGCAGAUUCCUUGCUGACAGCAUUUCCAUGGACAACUCCCUAGGACUUUACGCGUUGGCAUAUGCCCAUAACUACCAAGCUUUGCUCCGUGUAGCCACACGUCACAUCACCCUGAACUUUGAGCCUCUUUCUGAACAUGAGGCCUUCCCAGGUCUAGAUCUCACUACAGUGAUCAGCAUUGUUUCCUCGGACAAACUUCUGGUGUCUUCUGAGCUAACGGUUUACCAUGCUAUACAGCGCUGGGUGAAAUCUCAGCCAGCUCAGCACCUCUCACUGAUCAAGAAGCUGAUUGUCCAGGUCCGCCUCCCCCUUCUUACUUCAGAGGAAGUCACUGCCAUCCAGACAGAUAUCAUUGCACAUUAUGGGCAUGUUCAUCUGCAGUGGGAGCAGCUGGAUGGGGCAGAGAGGCUGGUGAAGAGUGGGGGUCUCAGGCACGGCAUGUACGAUGACUGGAUUGUGAGCCUGGGCCUCUUUGUAAGCAACAUGCAAGGAGGAGUAGUUGAGCGCUUGAAAACUCACUUCCUGGGGUUCAACCUACAGUCAGAAAACUGGGAGCAGAUUCCACCUUUGAUGUAUCUUGAUUCCUCUGGUUUCUUGUCUGUGGGACACAAACUCUAUGUCUCUGGAGGACAAACGCUUAAUGGCUCUGUCUUAGGCAGCCUACAUGAGUUCGAUGCUCUAACUGGCCAGUGGAUGCAGUUGCCUUCCAUGUCUGUGCCCCGGCGUGAACAUGGCUUUCUAGCAUGCAAGGAGAAGCUGUAUGCUUUGGGGGGCCGGAGUGGCCGAAACAUCUUAGAUUCUGCAGAAAGCUUUGAUGUGAUACAGAAGACCUGGGCUCCCAUUGCCAGCCUGCCCUUUGCAGUGAGUUAUUUUGCCUCUGCCUCCCUGAAGGAUAAACUCUACCUCAUUGGGGGAUUCUCUCACACAAGGGCAAAUGGCCUUGCUCACAGGGGCAUCCUGAUUUAUGACACCAGCUCCAAUCUGUGGAAUCAGAUGCCUCUGGCUUUUCAGUGUUACAAAUCAACAGCCGUGACCAUGGACAAUGGGAUCUUUGUCAUCGGCGGACUUGUGGAGGAGAGCAAUCGGCGAGAGACACCUGGCACUGUCAUCAGAGCUCUGAUCUCUGGCACCCAUAAAUGUUUCUUCCUCAGCGAGGAUGGCACAGUGAGCCAGGAUGUUGCUAUUCCAGAACUGCCCAUCCUCGUCUUACCACCUUGUGCCGUGCAGUGGCAGAGAAGAAUCCAUGUGCUGGUGGGGAAUACAAUUUACCAGUGGAAACCUGGGGAGUCAAGCUGGACCCGGAGUCGCAAAAGUGCUCCUAACACGAGGGUGACAUUCCUAACGGUAGUGAAUGGUGUGACCCUGAGAGUGCCAAAGAAAACUCUGCUGCCCCUUUUACGAGAAGCCUCAGCAGCCCUGACAGCAGCUUGGGUGGCAGAGAAUUAACAGCCUGAUUGAUACUUUCCAAAACUGACCAUUUCCUCAGUGCCUUGGUGUCACCUUCUGCCUUAAAUACCGGAUUCCAUGGUUCCAAGCUGCUCUCCUUAAUGCCAUCAGUGCUGAGUGAUUUCUUUAGCAGCAAAAUGCCUUUCCUUUGGUUCCUCCUUAUUGCACGUGAGACGAGGAGACUACAGUUCAGACAAGUGACUGGGUUGCUGAAUAAACAUCAUUCCUGCCUCCAGGCAGUUUCCUCUAUCAUAGAGUUGUUCUGAGUACCAUUUGCUAACAGAGAAAUGUAAGCAACCUGUAUGACUGGAGAACCUUCCUCCAAGUGAGGAGGGCUUCCUGUCCUUGGUUCAAAAUAAAAUCUUUCUGUUUGCUGUAA